GUAUAUUUUUUGUUGAUGUUUAUUUAACCCACAUAGUAUAUUCUUAUAUUGAUAUUCGUUCUUAAACGCUAAAACGCCUUUUCUUAUUUCGGGGACGGACCAGGCGGAACUUUAAAUUUGUAGUUUUUUUCUUUACGUUAGCGUAAAUUCGCCGCAAUGGCGGAGGUGUCAGCUGCAGCAGUUGGUGCUGGUUCGGAUGUAAACACAGCUGGAAACCCGACAGAAGUCGCCAUGGCGUAUUUACAAGACGAGAAGACUGAUGGAGAAAUGGCGAACCUGAACCUGGGAGAGCUGGACCUCACCACGGACGAGUUCAUCUUGGAUGAAGUGGACAUUCACAUCCAGGCCAACCUGGAGGACGACCUCGUCAAGGAGGCGCUCAAAACGGGCGUUGACCUCCGUCAGUACUCCAAACAGGUGGAGUCGGAGCUGCAGAGGAUCGAACAGGCCUCCAUCAAAGACUACAUCAAGGAGAGUCAGAACAUCGCUCUGCUGCACAACCAGAUCACCGCCUGUGACUCCAUCCUGGAGCGUAUGGAGGGCAUGCUGAGCGGCUUCCAGAGCGACCUGUCGUCCAUCAGCAGUGAGAUCCAGACGCUGCAGCAGCAGUCGGUCAGCAUGAACGUCCGUCUGAAGAACAGGCAGGCGGUCCGCAGCCACCUCAGCCAGCUGGUGGACGAGCUGGUGGUCCCCGGGGCCAUGAUCUCCACCAUCCUGGACUCCCCGGUAACGGAGCAGGAGUUUCUGGAGCAGCUGCAUGAACUGAACAACAAGAUCAACUUUGCCAAAGAGCUGAGCUUCAGAGAGACGCUGGCCUGCUCCGACAUCCAGGACAUCGUGGACCGCCUCAAGCUCAAGGCGGUGUCAAAGAUCAGAGAGUUCAUCCUGCAGAAGAUUUACUCGUUCAGGAAGCCGAUGACCAACUACCAGAUCCCUCAGAACACGCUGCUGAAGUACCGGUUUUUCUAUCAGUUCCUGUUGGCCAACGAGCGAUCGGUUGCCAAGGAGAUCAGAGACGAGUACGUGGACACCAUGAGCAAGAUCUACUACAGCUACUUCAAGUCGUACAGCGGACGGCUGCUCAAAGUCCAGUACGAGGAGGUGGCGGACAAAGACGACCUGAUGGGAGUCGAAGACACCGCCAAGAAAGGUUUCUUCUCCAAACCGUCCCUGAAGAGCAGGAACACCAUCUUCACCGUGGGCCAGCGGGGGGCCAUCCUGAGUCCUGCUGAGCUGGAGGGACCCAUCCUGGUCCCCCAUACGGCCCAGAGGGGGGACAGCAGGUAUCCCUAUGAGACUCUGUUCCGCAGCCAGCACUACGCUCUGCUGGACAACGGCUGCAGGGAGUUCCUCUUCCUGUCCGACUUCUUCAUGGUGGCAGGAAACUCUGGCCUGGACCUCUUCAACAGCAUCAUGGGGAAGACCCUCAGCAUGUUCCUGAAGAGCAUGUCGACCUACGUGUCCGACUGCUACGACAGCAUCGCCGUCUUCCUCUGCAUCCACAUCAUCCUCCGCUUCAGAGCCAUCACGGCCAAGAGGACCAUCCCCGCCCUCGACAAGUACUGGGAGGCGGUGUUGGAGCUGCUGUGGCCGAGGUUUGAGAUGAUCCUGGAGAUGAACAUCCACAGCAUCAGGAACACAGACCCUCAGAGACUGGGAGUCCUGGACACCAGGCCUCACUACAUCACUCGACGUUACGCUGAGUUCUCGUCAGCGAUCGUCAGCAUCAACCAGACGUUCCCCAACGAGAGAACCAACACACUGCUGGGACAGCUGCAGGUGGAGGUGGAGAACUUUGUUCUGAAGAUGGCGGCAGAGUUUCCCUCCAGAAGAGAUCAGCUGAUCUUCCUCAUCAACAACUACGACAUGAUGCUCAGCGUCCUCAUGGAGAGGGCAGCAGAUGACAGUAAGGAGGUGGAGGGUUUCCAGCAGCUGCUGCUGGCCAGAACACAGGAGUUCAUCGAGGAGAUCCUGUCUCCUCCGUUCGGAGGGAUGAUCUCCUUCGUGAAGGAGGCCGAGGCUCUGAUGGAGAAAGGGCAGCUGGAGCGACUGAAGAACGAGGAAGCUCGUAUCACUCAGCUGGUUCGAGGUUUUUCUGCUACGUGGAAACAGUCGGUGGAGUCGAUGAGUCAAGACGUCAUGAGGUCAUUCACCAACUUCAAGAACGGGACCAGCAUCAUACAGGGCGCUCUGACCCAGCUGAUCCAGUACUACCACGGGUUCCACAAGGUUCUCAACCAGCCCACGUUCCGCAGCCUGGCGGUCCGCUCCGAGCUCAUCAACCUGCACCACCUGAUGGUGGAGGUGAAGAAGCACAAGCCCAACUUCUGACCUCAGCGGGAAAAAGAGGAGGAGCUGCUUCAUUAACCCUUUAUCAGGCACAGAACUAUAUUUGGUAAUUUCAGGUGAUAUUUCAAGAAAAAAGUUGCAAAUUUACUAGA